AUGGAAGGACUAGAAUGCAAUGAGUGCAUUGCACUGAAGGACUUGUACUCUGAGUGGGGAGAUGAACGAGUGCAAGCUCGGAUCAUUGCAAAUACCGCUUUGUUGGCUGCGCUCACGAGCCCAUUUGCAGAAUCCGCGUCUUCGGCGAAAUUUCCAUCCUGGACUCCCCGGACCCGGUCAAUGUCACAAAUCGUCAAAUGCAAACCUUUUGAGCCUGUUGACGGGGAAUUGCUGAAGUUGAUGUGGGUGAAGAUAAGGCGAGAUUAUGCUAAGUGGAAACUGGGAGGGGUGGUUUCUCGUGUGAUUGCCCAGCGAUGUGUAUGCUAUUCCUACAUACAUGAUCUUCACCCACAUGACGCUGUCAGGAACGAGGCCUUCCGUUGCAUGAAUUUGGGAGUGGCCUUCGCUCAGUUCACCGCUUACACCACGUUGAUGGAUUUCUUGAAGUCGAAGGGCAAAACGCUUUCGGACUUGCACGAGUUGCUUCCUACUCCCUUUAUUACCGACUUCAAGGCAGCAGUUGAGCGUCGACGCAGUGAUCUGAAAGCAUCGCCUUGCUGGUAUCCCUACUGCCACGCACUGAAAACAAGUUUCGUUCGUGAAUUUUCACUUCGUAAUUGUCAAGAUAUUGCCUAUUUUGGCAUAGCUCUUAAGGCUCUGUGGAGGGAUGUGAAUGCUACCGUAGGAGAUGCUGCUGGUGUUGAACUAUCGGAAGAGGUCAAGAAGCAAUUGUGCGAGUACGCGAAAAUUGUCGUUGCGGAAUGGCAAGAGGCGACACCUGUGCGUACUCGGUGUUCGACAUCUGCCUGA